UUCUGUUUUUACGUCGUUUACGUUCGUAGUGGAUCUUUAUAUGCAGUUACUUGUGUAUCCAUUAUAGCAAUAUGCUGUGCAGAAAUGACUGCAGAUUAUUGAUACCGUAAUAUAUCACUACCAUUGGAGAUCAAACCAUGGUUGAUUAACCCCAACUGUAACAAUUUCAGUUGAAAUGAGCGUCAUUUCGACUGUUGCUGUCGCUGCACCUCCGCUGAUCCUUGGUUUGACAAACCACAGUCGCAGUGCUUCGUCGUCGGGAGCCACGGCCAACAGUUAUUCGACAGCAAGCUUGCCGCGCGGUUCGCCGUCUAAGAACCAUGAUUAUUUAUUAAAAUUCCUGCUAGUCGGUGAUAGCGAUGUCGGGAAAGAAGAGAUCCUUGGUGUACUCGAGGAAGCGGCAAGCGAGUCGCCAUAUCAGAACAGUUCACUCGGUGUUCACUACAAGACGACGACGAUACUCAUGGAUGGCAAGCGAGUCAAGCUGCAGCUAUGGGACACGAGUGGUCAGGGACGAUUCUGCACGAUCAUCAGAUCUUACUCCCGUGGAGCACAGGGUAUUCUGCUUGUCUACGACAUCACAAACAAGUGGUCAUUUGAUGGGAUAGACAGAUGGAUCAAGGAGAUUGAGGAGCACGCGCCGGGCGUUCCCAAGAUCCUCGUCGGCAACCGCCUGCACCUCGCCUACAAGCGGCAGAUCUCGGAGGACGAGGCCGAGGCGUACGCGCUCAAGCACAGCAUGGCCUUCUUCGAGGUCAGCUCCCUGUGCGACUUCAACAUCGUAGAGUCCCUGACGGAGCUGUCGCGCCUCGUGCUCAAACGCAAUGGCAUGGACCGUCUGUGGCGGCACCACAAAGUGCUGUCGCUACAGGAGCUAUGCUGCCGUGUGAUCGUCAACAGGACAACCAUGUACAGUAUCGAGCAUCUGCCGCUGCCCACGUCGCUCAAGUCCUAUCUAAAGUCCUACUCCAUGACCAACCAGACACGUCUCCGCAUGCAGAGGUACAUGACAAAGAACUUUGACAAGCACAAGAGAAAGAUCCUAAAUCCCAGUGAAUCACCGUCAAGUUGCAGGAAAAGCUGCAUCAUCUGUUAGCACCGGGAACAGGGUUUGCACGGGGGGGGGAGGUGGGAGAGGAAAAGAGGCUGUAUAUUACUAUCAGAUAUAUAAUUAAUGAAGUCAUGGCACUUGCGCUUCACUGUGAACGAGGAUUAAGCUGGAUUUACACUGCCGACUUUAUGUUGGCGAAUUGGCGAGUUGGACCAAUUUUGCAAUUUGGCAAUUCCAAGUUGGCAAAAAUAGAACAUCAGUUACAUGUUCUAAUCUCCCAACUAGUUGCGAUCGAUCAGUUGGUCGUGCAACUUUUGCGUUUACACUGCCGAUUGUCGGUUGGGAAAUUGGUCCAAUUUGCCAAUUCGCCAACACAAAUUACUAGUGUAAACCCAGCUUUAGCUGAUGUGGAGUGACGUUACCCAAGGUAACUGGUUGUCCUGACAGGGACAGUGAGCUUCGCAGAAAUUUUCUUCGGAGCGUGUACGAAAACAAGGUUGUUUAAAAGACGAUAUUGCCUGUUGAUUUGUAAAUAAUGUUUUUAAAUAAUUGUAUAUUUAUCCCUUAGUUCUAUAUCGUGAGAUUCUAUGUAAAGAUGGUGAUACUAUUCGACUGACGUUUGACGUUGUUGUUGAUCAGACAUGAAUGCUCUUGUGUUGUAACGAUGCGCACGGCUACCGCUAGCGAUCAUCGUGUCCACGCGCUGAGUCUGCCCAGCACACACUACUGUUGCCAUGAAUUCCUGCCACGUGUGCACGUUUCUGUGAGGUCCAAUAUACAUAUCAGCCUACACAACCAAAUUAAUGCCCGCUAAAUGCCUGCAUGUGGAUUGUGUAAGAUGUUGCAUACUGUCGUUGGUGUUUGUCGACUCCUGUUUAUGCACGCAUUUCACAUUAGUGUUUCGGAGAAACUAUAGACUGACGAAAUUUGGUCGUCGCCCCUUACUUUUACAGAAUUUUGUGUGCAUAUAUUGUGAUAUAUCUCCCUCUAGAAUUCAUACAUGAAGUCUUAUAACCUGCUGUAUAAGACAAUCUCUACGCAGGUACUGCGACGCAAGUCUUCGUUUCAAAUAUUAAGGAUAGAUACUGUUAGGAUUGGGAAGUGAUUUUCGGUCGAAAUUUCAAUACCCACUAUAUUUGAUAUAUUGCACCCAUGGGUAGCUAUGUAUACGUAGAAAUUGUGUCUGUACCCUCCCAAACAUUUCCAAAUCUCCGCAUUAGUCAAUUCUUAAAACAGGCGUUCAAUCAUGGGAAAUGUAGAAAAGUGCUAAUAACUCCAUUGUUAGAAA